AUGGCCUCGACCAGCAAUAUCCUCCAGGUCCCAUUUCGGCGCUCGCAUGCCGUCUCCUUGUCCGAUGCCAUUACGCAGUACAUUUCGUCCAAAUAUGACCAGCGUCCGGACAUGUUUGCUGAGGAUCUCCUGAUCAUUGAUCGACUACGAAACGAGGCGAUCAACGUUCAGGAACCCCAUGUCAGUGGGACAAGUCGACUGGUCACGUAUGCAGCACAACUCAAAUGGCUCGGAGGGAAGUUUCCAGUCGAUGUUGGAGUGGAGUUUCCGUGGUACUCUGCAUUUGGAUUCAAUACAUCAAGGCCUGUCUCGCAGAAUAACAUCCGAUUCGAACUCGCAAAUAUCCUUUUCAACCUCGCCGCACUGUACUCGCAGCUCGCAUAUUCGCUGAACCGGACAACCUCUGAUGGACUGAAGCAGGCAUGCAAUUACUUCUGCCAGUCCGCAGGAGUUUUGGCGCACCUCCGCACCGACAUCCUUCCGGACCUCCGCACAUCACCCCCCGAGGAUAUGGACGAGAUGACGCUGCAGAGCCUGGAGCAGCUCCUGCUGGCCCAGGCGCAGGAGUGCUUCUGGCAAAAGGCCGUCAAGGACGGUCUGAAGGAUGCAUCGAUUGCGCGGCUGGCGGCGAAGGUGUCUGAUCUCUACGCCGAGGCGGGCGACCACGCGGUCAAAUCGAACGCGAUCAGCCCGGAGUGGAUCCACCACAUGACGGCCAAGCACCAUCACUUUGCGGCGGCGGCGCAGUACCGGCAGUCGCUGGAUUGCCUGGAGAAGCGCAAGUACGGCGAGGAAGUCGCGCGACUACGGGACAGCGAGGCAUGUGUCAACGAGGCCCUGAAGGAGUCCCGCUGGAUCAACCGGACGGUGCUGGGAGAUCUCAAUGGCCUGAAGAGCCGGGUGACGGAGGACCUUAAGCGGGCGACCAAGGACAACGAUGUCAUCUACUUGAACCCGGUGCCGCCCAAAUCGGAGCUCAAGCUCAUCGGCCGGGCGUGCAUGGUCGCGGCCAAGGCACCGUCUCAGGUGACGGAUGCAAUCUCCAUGCUGGGCGAGAAUGGGCCCCUGGGACAGCCACUGUUUGCGAAAUUAGUGCCGUAUGCAGUACACAUCGCGGCCAGCAUUUACUCGGACCGCCGCGACCGGCUAGUUAACGAGACAAUCAUCGGGGAGUUGGAGACGAUGACCGACAAGCUCCGAGAUUUACUGUCGUCACUUAACCUGCCGGGUUCAUUGCAAGCACUGGAGAAGCCGCUCGGAUUGCCCCCGACGCUUGUGUCGCAUGCAGAGGAGAUGAGACAGCAGGACGGGCUAUACCGGCUACGGAGGUCGCUUGAGGAUACGGCGCGGGUCAAGACGAACGACCGGGCGGUCUACAACGAAGGCGUGGAGCUCUUGGCCGCGGAAAAGGCCGAGGACGAUGCUUCGCGGCGAAAGUACGGAACCGAUCGAUGGCACCGGGAGACGUCUGAAGCGGCGGCGCCGAAGCUGUACACGACGUUGAACGAGAUCAAUGGGUAUUUCACAUCGGCGCAAAGUAGCGACAAUCUGGUGGAGCAGAAGCUGAAGGACUCGGAGGCGGUAUUCCGAGUCUUGACGGGCACGAAUCGGGACUUGGAGAUGUAUGUUCCCAGCAGCCGGCGCGCGGCGAUCACACCGGAGGUCGAGCGGGAAUUGGUCCGACUACGUGCGUGCUUGAGCGAGGUGGGUCGGUUGGAGAGCCAGCGGAAACGACGGGCACAGGCUCUGAAGGAGAAAGCGCGGGCGGAUGACAUCAGCCAAGCACUGCUGAAGGAGACGGCCCGGCUGGAGCGGGAGUUCCCGAUGCAGCCGAUCCAGGCCAGCCAGUUCGAGGAACUGUUUGAGGAGCAGCUCCGUCUGUAUGAUAUGGACCUGGAGAUGGUGGCGCAGGAGCAGCAUGAUCAGGAUCAGAUUGCGGCGCAGGUGCGCGAAGCCAACCGGGCGUUUACGCGAGCGCACAAGGGGGAUGCCUCGACCAAGGAGCGGGAGAGAGCGCUGCAGGAGCUGGAGAACGGAUAUCUGAAGUACAAGGAGAUUAUCUCGAACAUUGAAGUGGGACGGAAGUUCUACAACGAUCUGGCGAAGAUUGUGGGCCGAUUCCGCGACGACUGCAAGGCAUUUGUGCACCAGCGCCGCAUGGAGGCGAGCCAGCUGGAGAGUGAUAUCGCCAGCGCUACAGCGAUGGCCUCGCUGAAUAUCUCGCAGCCUCGCCGUCAGCCAGCACCGCUGCCGCAGGUGCCGGCCCAGCCGAUUCAACCGCAGCCCCCGGCGCCAGUGCCUGCGCCGCCAUCGCGACCAGCGGAAGAACCGCUGACGGCGCCGCAGCCGACGCGGGCCCCGGUGGCGCCGCCGGUCCCGACGCCGGGGAUGUGGUCGCCCGAGAUGGGGAUCCGGUUUGGGAACGGCCGGGGACAGCCGGGGCAAUGGGAUCCCAACCAGGGGAUUCGAUUUGGCUAG